UCUGUAUUAAUAAUUUCAAUAAAAUGAGUAUAUUGAAAUCACCAAUUGAUUAUAAAAUAUUGCAAGAUGAGUUGUACGAAGCACUCAAAGCAGAUGAGUUAUAUAAAUUACAGAAUGAUGCAAAAAUCAGAGCAGUGGAACAAAGAGUACCUACUUAUGAACAUUUUAGACAAAUGGUAAAUGGAGCACAUUUAAAACCUUUAGAACCAAAGGAUACUAAAUCUAAAUCUAACUCGGUAGCAUUGUGGAAUUCCAUGAGCACAAAUAAUAGAUCAGAAUGUUUACCUACGAUGUAUGAAACUAAUGAAACAAAAUUAAACGAAGAAAAAGUCAAUGAAUUUACUAAUACGAUUCCAAAAAAUUACAAAACAUUUAUCCAAAUGUGGAGAAAUACUAAUGAUAGUAAAAUAAGAUUUUUUUACCUUUACAAUACAAGGAAUAUUUUAAAAGACAAAAUAUUCUACAGUGAGAUUCCUCCAUUCUACCUCACUGAUAUAAUUAACACAUGUCUUGAACAUCAAAAACAAGAAUCCUUGAAAGUAGAAGAACUUAAAGCAAUAAUAGAAAUUCUAACAACUUUAAGUAAAUGUAACAGAUUUAAUCUGGCAAUAAAUUUCAUGUCAGACAAGGAAAAAGAAAAUUGUUCUCAGUUGCUUCGAAGCCUAAAAGAUAAAGUAAAAAACAAAGAAAUAGCAUUAGAGGAAAAUGUUAUUACAUCACUAACUAAAAAUUAUCAAAUAGUCUAAUUAAAACAGUAGAUGCACUAAGGAAACAAAUUUAUUGUUAUUUUCAAAUACCAAUAACAUAAACUUUUUUUGUCA